CAAUCAUGAAGAACCACGAAUUGACAGCAUGACAGCUACAGCUGAUGAUAAGUUUUGAGGUUUUGGAUGUCGUGUGUAUGUGAAAUAAUGAAUAAUUUGCAAUUUGAGUUUGAGAUACGGUUCCAGAACGAAAUAUAGUAGCAAUUAAAAAUGUACAACAACCUUAAUUGCCUAACUAGAAACAUUAUCAAAUUAACGCCAUGUGUAGUUUUAUUAGUUUUAGAAAUAAUAGAUGUUUCAGAAUGUAUGACACAAGCUGAAAUAAAUAAUCAUUUAGAAUUAGGAAAACAAUAUCUAGCCAAAGGACAAUUAGCAGAUGCUUUGAGUCAAUACCAUUUGGCUGUUGAGGGAGAUCCGAACAAUUAUCUCACAUAUUUUAAGAGAGGAACUGUAUAUCUUGCCUUAGGCAAGGCCAAAAAUGCCCUUAGUGAUUUAGAUCGUGUCUUGGAAAUAAAACCAGACUUCACAGCUGCUAGAAUAAGUAGGGGGAAUAUCCAUCUCAAACAGGCUAAUUAUGACUUAGCACAGUUGGAUUUUUACAAUGUGAUAAAAAUCGAUCCUUACAAUGCAGAAGCCAACGACCUCAUACAGAGGAUAGAGCCGGCCAAAGAGCUCAAAAGAAACGCGGAAUUCUAUUACGGCCACAACGACUAUCCCUCCGCCAUUCGCUUCCUAACCGACGCCAUAGAACUGAGCCCUUGGAACCACGAUCUCUACGAAUUCAGAUCGGAACUGCACUCGCUCAAAGGUGACGAAAUGUCGGCCAUUUCCGACUUGAAAACCGCCACCAAACUGCAAAGCGACAACACCGCAGGCUACCUCAGAUUAUCCCAACUCCUGUAUAAAGCCGGCCAGGCCACCGAAGCCCUAAAAGCUAUUAGAGAAUGUUUGAAGCUAGACCCCGAGCACAAGGAUUGCUUCCCCUUUUACAAACGAGUGAAAAAAAUCGAAAAGUUCAUCGUAGACGCCGAGAAUGCCAUGGAAGAAAAGAGCUACGAGAAUUGCAUAGACUCCGGCAACAAAGUUUUAAAGAACGAAAAGGAAGUGCACAGUAUCGUCUACGAAGCUAGGAGGAUACUGUGCACUUGCUACACUAACCACGAGCAAACGGAAGAAGCCAUCUCCGUAUGCACGGAAGCCCUAAGUCACAACGAGGAGCCCAGCAUUUUCUGCGAUAGAGCAGAGGCUUAUUUGCAAUCGGAGCUGUACGAUGACGCCAUCAGGGACUACCGAUCUGCCCUAGAGUUGGAUCCGCACUACGAAAGAGCCAAGGAAGGGUUGAACAAGGCGGAGAAUCGGCAGAAGCAGUCCGAGAAAAGGGACUAUUACAAGAUUUUGGACGUGAAGAGGACGGCGAGUAAGAAGGAGAUCACUAAGGCUUACAGGAAGAUGGCGCAAAAGUGGCAUCCGGAUAAUUAUCAGAACGACGAGAAGAUGAAGAAGAUUGCCGAGAAGAAGUUUAUCGAUAUUGCUGCUGCGAAGGAGGUUCUGACUAAUGAAGAAAAACGGAAACAAUUUGAUAAUGGCGAAGAUCCUCUUGAUCCAGAAGCAGGAAGAGGAGGGCAACCAAAUUUCCAUCACUUCCAGAGUUUCCAUGGUAGUCCUUUCCAAUUCAAAUUCCAUUUCAAUUAGGCGCC